CCUAAGCUCUAUUUAUUCCCAUAUUCCUUCUCCUGAUCAAAGUUACUAAGAAGGGGCGGGACGGACUGCAGUUCGUCUGAGCUUAAUCUCUCAGACCCACUCCCUCUCCUGCACAAACCACACGAUGUGUACGAAAUCUACCAAAUUGAAAGCUUUCUUGUUUCCAUGGCUGGCAUAUGGUCACAUCUCUCCAUUUCUUGAGCUAGCCAAAAAACUCGCGGACAGAGGUGUCUUGGUUGACCUAUGUUCGUCCCCUAUUAACCUAAGUUUCAUCAGGACAAGAAUCCCAGAAAGCUAUUGUUCCUCAAUUCAGCUUGUGGAACUCCAGUUACCAGACUUGCCUGAGCUUCCACCUCACUAUCAUACAACCAAUGGCCUCCCACUCCAUCUCCAUUCCACCCUUCAAAAAGCCCUCAAAAUGGCCAAACCAAAUCUUUUCAACUUAUUAAAAGCUCGAAAACCUGACUUGUUAAUCCAUGAUGUCAAGCAAUUAUGGGCUGCGGGGGUGGCUUCUUCCCUUAACAUUCCAGCUGCUAGAUUUUUCACUUCUUGUGCAGCCAUGUGUUCCUAUUUCAGCCACUUGUUUAUGAAACAAGAUGUUGAGUUCCCCUUCCCAGCUCUUCAUUUACCUUCUUAUGAGCUAACGAAAGCUCAUAACGUAGUUAAAGAACAUCGUGAAGACAAUGAACCUGAAGUUAGAGCUCCUGAAGAAUUUACUGGCAUGAUGCUAAUAGGUACAUCGCGAGAGAUGGAGGGAAUAUACAUCGAUUAUAUGUCCGAAAUAAUCAAAUUUAAGGUUUUGGCAAUUGGUACACUAGUUCAAGAUCCUAUGGCUAGUGUAGAUGGAAACAUGGAGAUUAUGGAAUGGUUAGGGAAAAAAGACAAGUUCUCAACUGUGUUGGUCUCUUUUGGGAGUGGGUAUUUCUUAACAAAGGAAGAAUUGGAAGAAGUAGCUUUUGGAUUAGAGCUUAGUGAUGUGAAUUUCAUAUGGGUUGUUAGGUUUCCAAAAGGGGAAAAUAAAAGUCUUGAAGAGGCAUUACCACAAGGUUUUUUUGAGAGAAUUGGAGAUAGAGGGAUGGUUAUGGGAGGAUGGGCUCCACAAGCAAAAAUCUUAACUCAUUUAAGUAUUGGCGGAUUCGUGAGUCAUUGCGGAUGGAAUUCGAUUUCAGAAAGUAUAGACUAUGGUAUUCCAAUUGUAGCUAUACCCAUGGAUCUUGAUCAACCCAUGAAUGCUAAAUUGCUAGUGGAAAUUGGAGUAGCUUUGGAGGUAGUGAGGGAUGAUAAUGGAACACUUCAUAGAGAGGAUAUAGCAAGAGUUAUCAAAGAUGUAGUAUGUGGAAAAUCAGGUGAGAAUCUGAGAUGUAAUGUUAGAAAUUUGGGUGAGAAAUUGAGAUCUAAAAAUGCGGAAGAUAUUGAUGCUGCUGUGAUGGAGCUAACACAACUUUGUGAGAAGAAUAAGAGCAACAACUGUUAA